AUGGCAUCUAAAUUUUCGAGAGGAAAGACUGUGGAAAGGUCGCCCAGCCCUCAAUCCGAGAGAAUAAUCAGUCAGCUCAGAGAGGAAAGCGCUUACUUGAAAAAGACACUUGAUGAACUUGGUCACCAGAAGGGGGCGCCAUCAGACUCAGAAAACAACAAGCUCUUAGAGAGAAUCCUUGCGUUGGAGACCUUACGAGAGAAGAAUUCUCAGCAGAUCCUGUCCAGAGAUCAGGAAAUCGCGGCUCUGAGGCAGCAGCUUCGACCGGACACUGCCGAGGUUGUGGCCGGCUUGCAGGCCCAGUUGAAUCAGCAGAGACAAGAAUCAGAAACGAGAGAGAGACUGUUUCAUUCCCUGAAACAAGAGACAGAGGAGGUGAAGAACAAGUUAGCAGCCGUAUCUGCUAAAUGCCAGGACCUAGAGAACAGACAGGAACAGGCUGAGACCACCACCAGGGAUGCUGCAGUGAUACAGGAACACCUGAAAGACGCCUUGGAGAAGAACCAGCAGUGGCUCGCUUACGAUCAGCAGAGGGAGGCCUACGUGAAGGCAGUGCUGGAAAGAACCUGCAUCCUGGAGCAGCAGCUGAACCAGGCAAAUGAGGCCCUUCAGCAGAAAGACAAAGAGGCCAGUUCAGAAGUAAAGCAAGCUAUGGAGGCGCAGCGGUGCUAUGAGGAGCUCCUGCGCUCAGCCUGCGCUGAGCUGGAGGAAGAACGUGAGCGAGUGGCUCAGGGCAGACAGCGUCUGAGUCAGCUGCAGCAGCAGUGCGAGGAGAGGCAGCGAGAGGUAGUGGAGAUGAGGCAGCAGCUGCAGGCCGUGCGCCUCGGUGGUAAGAAGCAGCUGCAGGAAGAGAGGAGGCGCAUCGAACGUCUGUGUGCCGAGCUGGAUGGUGUCAGUGCCAGGCUGGAAGAUGAGAGGCUGAGGUCGGCAGAGCUUCAGCAGCAGGUGAACCUUCUCCAGAAAUCUCUACUGACUCAGCACGAGGAGCAGAAGCGAAUGUCAGUUUUGGAGGAACAGAUUCAGCUGUCUGCCAAAGAUCUGGAGGACGAGAAGCGCGAUAAUCAGCAUCUCCAACGGCAACUUCACAAAAUUUUGAAGGAGCUGCGAAAAGCCAAGGACAGAGUGGCAAGAUUAGAAUGUGAGAACGCACAAAGAGAGACUCCCUCAUCCGAGCUCAGGGCCUACAGUAAGGUGGAGAAAGCUUGCAAGGAAGGUCAGCAGAGCUUUACCUCACCCACAAGAGCACACAGUCUGCUGGACGAGAGCUUUCUGGAGUGUCCCAAUUGCAGAGCUCAGUAUCCCACCAGUCGCCACAGAGAGCUUCUUGCACAUAUUGACCAGUGCCUUGAUUAAGUUGCAUAAAACACCAG